GCUAUAUAACGAUAACAACAGACUCAUCCUUGUUCCAUCUACAUCCAUCCUCAUACUUCCAGCAUGCCUCUCACCACAGAAUUGACUCGCCUGCUCCACAUCAAGUAUCCUAUCGUCCAAGGGGGUAUGCAGUGGGUGGGCACACCACCCAUGGCAGCAGCUGUAGCCAGAGCUGGAGGGCUUGGAAUGCUUACCGCCCUCACGCAACCCAGUCCAGAUGCUCUGAGGGAUGCUAUCAAGGAGACCAGGCGGUUAAUCGGUGGAGAGCAGAGCGGGCGCUUUGGAGUCAAUAUCACUCUUCUUCCUUCUAUCAACCCACCUGAUUAUGCUGGGUACGCCAGAGCAGCCAUGGAGGAAGGCAUAGACAUCUUCGAGACUGCUGGCAAUAAUCCCAAACCUCUCAUUGAGUUCAUCAAGACCCAUAAAUUGGAAGGGAGCUCGUCGGUCCCAAAGCGGUUUGUUAUUCAUAAAUGUGUGACCGUCAAGCACGCGUUGUCUGGACAAAAAAUGGGUGUAGAUAUGUUGAGUAUCGACGGAUUCGAGUGUGCCGGUCAUCCUGGAGAGGAAGAUAUUGGUGGGGUAGUAUUGCUUGCUCGAGCCGCCAAAGAACUCUCCAUUCCUUAUAUCGCUUCCGGUGGCUUUGCUGAUGGCCGUGGUCUCGCUGCAGCUCUGGCCCUUGGUGCUUCUGGUAUCAACAUGGGUACUCGCUUCAUGUGUACGGCGGAAUCGCCUAUCCACCAGAAUAUCAAGGAGAAGAUCGUGGCCUCUACUGAACGAGAUACAAUCCAUAUCUUUAGGUCCCUCAAGAACACUGCGCGUGUCUUCAGAAACGCCGUCUCCACGGAAGUCGUCCGUCUUGAGCGGAGACCGGGAGGGGCCAAGUUCGAAGACCUCAGGGAGCUUGUCGCCGGCGCCAGAGGCAGAAAGGUGUAUGAGACGGGUGAUCAUGACGCUGGUAUCUGGUCCGCUGGUAUCGCCGUCGGUCUCAUUGAUGACAUCCCAACUUGUUCUGACCUUGUCAAGCGUAUUGACAGGGAGGCGACAAAAGUCAUUCAAAGAUUGCACGGCAUGACAGAAGCUAGAGCUAAGCUGUAACGUAUUUUCAAGUCCAUUGUUGUAAACAUCAAACAUCAGCAGAUGCCAUGUGUGUUGUAGGCUCAUGAUAUGCGUCGUGUAUCCGAUCAUAUCCAGAAUACUGUGAAGAUCCUAGUUCCCGUUAUCAGUCACAGUGCACUUCUAACACACAGAUGACCAGAAUGGUG